AUGUCUAUAUUUUUCUCGUUACCAACCUGUCACAGCAAUCCACUCUUUAAGACCUUCCUUCCUUCAAGAACACUACGCCAAGCCCAAGAGGGCUUGGAUCUUGUUGUUCAACGUUUGACAAAGGAUGUAUAUGGAAAUGAACCACAGUCAGAGUUGGAGAAGGCAUCUCAAUCAAAUGUAGCAGAGUUGAAGCCUCAACGAGAAGAUGUGUACAUUACAGAUGAAGCCGAGCAUAGUGAUGUUGAAGGUAUAGUGGAUGAGGAUGUGAAUGAUUUUAAAGAAUCGAAUGACCAUCAUUCUAAGGAUUCAAAUGAAGCACAAACACCGUAUAUUGCAAACCGGAGGAAGAAUCUCUGGUCCGACCUCUUCCAUCUCCAACGCAGUUUUCUCCUUUUCUCUUCUAUGUUCUUCAUUCUUCUCCUCUCUUCAACCACAGUAAUGGCUAUUCAGAGGAAUCCAAAGUACAAUAAAUACAAACCCAGAUCCCCAUUUCUCAUACUAAUCAUCUCUAUUGCUUCCAUUUUGUUUCUCUACCUUCUCUCCACUUCAAUUUUUAUUGCUGGGUUCUCCUUCCCUUCUGUAGGAGCCCUAGUGAAGGUCGUGAAGAGUAGGUAUCAUAGACAUCAUGCAUUGGAGAAGUACUUGUACUGGGGUGACAGAAUCGAUUGCCCUGGCAAACAUUGUGAUUCUUGCGAGGGUCUGGGUCAUCAAGAAUCUAGCUUGCGUUGCGCUCUUGAAGAAGCCAUGUUCCUUAAUAGAACUUUUGUUAUGCCUUUGAGGAUGAGCAUUAAUGCAAUACACAAUAAGAAGGGGAUCCUCCAUCAGUUCAGUAAUGCAAGUUCAGAGGAAAGAUGGGCGGGGAGCUCUUGCACUAUGGAUUCAUUAUAUGGUUACUUCUGCCUGGCUUGGGGUUUCUCGUUUCAGAGUUUUUAUUUGAUCUGUUUUCAGCCCAAAAACUUUGAUAUCUACUAUUCCUCCGGUUUGCUGCAACAGGUGAAGUGA